GGUAUCUCCGCUAGUCGGAUGGGGCGCACCGCAACUGUAGCCUAUGUCGGAUGCUUUAUCAAAGGACACAUACAUAAAUAAAUAACAUGACCAUAUCAGCAAUAAAUGCCACCGUGUGUACUGUAAACGAGUUUCGUUUUCAUUUCGUUCGUUAAACGCAAAAGUAUUGUAAAUCAUUGUAUUGUUUGUAAUAUCCGUGCGCUCUUGGGAUCACCUCCAGACAUCAGUGCGAAUACUAAUAGUCAAUCAUUGUUUCAUCAAAAUGAAAGUGACGGUGGAUUUUGAGGAAUGCCUGAAAGAUUCGCCACGUUUCCGGGCCACAAUAGAGGAAGUGGAGGGAGACUAUGGAGAACUGGAGUCAAAACUCGACAAGCUGGUGAAGCUAUGUAUAGGGAUGAUAGAUGCUGGAAGAGUUUAUAACCAGGCUAACAAGCAGUUUGUGAAUGGAAUCAGAGAACUGGCUUUGCAGUCCACCAGAGAUGAGGUCAUCGGGUCCAGUUUAGCAGCAUUUGCUGAGACUCUGCAGGAAAUGAACAACUAUCAUACAAUAUUAUUUGAUCAAGCCCAGAGAUCCAUCAAGUCUCAGCUUCAGGCUUUUGUGAAGGAAGACUUGAAGAAGUUUAAAGAUGCUAAGAAGCAGUUUGAUAAGGUGAGUGAAGAUAAGGAGGUGGCACUGGUGAAAAAUGCCCAGGUGCCUCGUAACAAGCAGCACGAGGUAGAAGAGGCCACCAACAUCCUGACCACAGCACGCAAGUGCUUCCGUCACAUCGCCCUUGACUAUGUACUACAGAUAAAUGUCCUUCAGUCUAAAAGAAGAUUGGAAAUCCUAAAAUCUAUGCUGUCCUAUAUGAAUGCCAACCUCACUUUUUUCCAUCAAGGAUAUGAUUUCUUUAGCCAGCUUCAACCAUUUAUGAAGCAGCUCAGCGGUCAGUUGGAUCAGCUGGUGGUGGAUUCAGCAAAGGAUAAAAGAGACAUGGAGCAAAAACACUCAACUAUCCAACAGAUGGCUGCUUUGCAGGAUUUCUCCACUGACGACACAAAACUGGAAUAUAAUGUAGACACUGAUAAUGGAAUAGCUAUGGAGGGAUACCUCUUCAAAAGAGCAAGCAAUGCCUUCAAAACCUGGAACAGACGAUGGUUUUCUAUUCAAAACAGUCAGCUGGUUUAUCAAAAGAGAUUCCGGGAUAACCCCACUGUAGUAGUAGAAGAUCUGAGACUCUGCACUGUUAAACACUGUGAGGAUUUGGAAAGACGAUUCUGUUUCGAAGUGGUGUCCCCAUCCAAGAGCUGGAUGAUGCAGGCAGACUCAGAGAAACUGCGGCAGGCAUGGAUCAAAGCAGUGCAGAACAGCAUUGCUACAGCCUUCAGAGAGAAUGGAGAAGAAACGACUAUUGUGAGUCAACUCAACACACAUCAUUCUAGUACAUAUCAGAGAUGGGACUCAAAUUCAGGUCAAUGGUGUGAGAGACAGACUCUUCAAGCCACUGGAAGGUGGUGAACCAAAAAGUAAAGAUGCACUUUGGAAAUGUUGAGAUCCAACAGAAUUUAAUUAAAAGUUCAUGUAACAAAAAAUCUACUGAUAUAGCAGGAGGCAGCAAUAGUAAUUAAACAUAACAUUUUCUUACAACCUUACACACAUUCUUUGACAAAAUGCAUCAUGAAAUUUAAUCUUAUCUGGGUAAAUGGUGAAUUAUAAUUAGGAUGAAGCUACAUGUGUUAAUUUAUGAGAUUGAUUAAUUCUAUGCUUUUAGUCAGAGUUCACUGUAAACCACCAUCUAGUGUUUGUAAUAACUUCAUAUUGUGAUCUAAUGUGGUAAUUUUGGUCAUAUAAUGAGGUAUAUACAUGUUUUUGUAGCAGUUUAGAAAAAAACUAAUACCUACACCUGCUUAGCAUUUCUCAUGUAAACAUCCUUUAUUUCUAUAAAAAAAAAUAACCCAAAUCUUAUGAAAAUCACAUACAUAUGUUGAUACAAUUUCACGUUUCAUGAGUAGAAAUGUUUCACUGGGUUAGUAAAGUAUGCACGGAACAGAACACACAAGUGUAAUGGAACUUCAUCAUUGGAAAAGACAGGGCGGGUCAUACAUAUGUAUACGUAGAUGCACACAUUUUUUUUUUUUAAUUUUUAGUCAGUCUUUCGACUAAAAUGCCGUUUUGUUUUAGUCAUAUUUUAGUCAUCUGAAUUGUUUUUGUUUUAGUCGCCGAAAUACAAGGAUGGAUUUGUUCAAUUGUAAUGGAUUCAUUUAUAAUAUCUCUAAAAUUUCCAAACCCAUUAUAUACUCCCGGAAAAAAAAAAAUCUAUUAACCUGUUAAUAUGAAUGAUUUUAAAGUUUGAACAUGCAAUACAGACAGAUUAACUGCUGUGACAAAAAAUUAUUAUCUUAAAAUUAAAUAAAACCACUUCUUCAAAAGAAGAACACAGGCUUCCUUUAAAUGAAUGAUAUAUGCAUUCUUUAUAACAACUUGCAUACAUAUUUCUUUAUUCU